AUGAGUGGAUCGGACACCAACGCUGCCAACGUUACCGGCAUGAACAACAACGCCGUAGAUUCCAUGUUGAUGCGCCUUAAGCUAACGGAUUUAAUUCCGAGGUUCCGGGAGAUGAAGCUGGAUCGCCUUGUAAACCUGCGCAAGAUGAGCGCUGAUGAGCUUCGCGAGGCCGUCCCUGAUGAUGAGCAGCGGAGUCUUCUCAUUCACGCCAUUUCAAACCGCGGCUCGCACGAUAAGAGGCAACAGUCGCAGGCGGCCAACUUAAAUCCCCCACGCAACGCAGAUGAUGGGGGCCGUGUUGGCCUGCCUUUCCCACGUGGAUCCGCACGCGGUGGCAUGGGACGUGGCAGUGGCCGUGGUGGUCGCGGCGGCGGCAACGGCGGCGGCGGCAACGGCGGCAGCGGCAACGGCGGCAGCGGCAGCAACGACGACACGAAUACCUCCUUCCCCGGUAGUAAACGUGCGUGCAACCACUUUUUUUCGGGGGGGUGCAAGUUUGGCGACCACUGCCGCUAUAGUCACGACAAGGAGGUUUACGAUAAGGAAGUCGCCGAGCAUGGGCAACCCCAACGUCCCCGGGAGGCCAUUGGUAACACGGAGGACUACUCUGAGAUCUGCGAAGUUCCCACGCAUCGAAUCAAGUUCCUCCUUGGUAACAAGGCUGAGCGUCUCAGGGAGAUUCAUGCCGAAAAUCACACGCACAACAAACCUUUUACGCGCGUCGAAAGUGAUAUUGAGAAGCUUGAGCUGGUAUUGUACGGUUCUGACCCGCAAUCAGUUCUGCAGACAAAGAAGAUGAUUCUUGCACUCGUUGGGGUGAGAAAGGAGGAAGAGCAACGAAACCGUUUGCAGUACACAAUCAAUGAGCUGCAGAGUAACCAGCAUUCGGCCAAGCUUCUAGCUGCUUGCAAUCUCAAGAACGAAGGAACCGCACGUGAGCUCUCGGAGUCGUCGUUGAAAAGCAUUAUUUCAUUCUUCCGUUUCGAGAAGCAGCAGGACAUUCGCCACUUUUAUUUGAACAUCAACCAUGACCGCCUCAAACUGGACAAAGUGGCGAAAAUAGUUGCCCAGCUGCGGGGCGUUCAGGCCAUCAUGUUCUGCGAUCACAAACGCGUGAUGGAGAUGAGUAAGGUGUCCGCAAAGAUUGCUCGGUUUUUCAAUGGAGUGAUGCCACUGUUUUUGCACCGUGAACUUCCAAAGGCGGAACGCAUGCAGGUUCUCCAAGAAUUUAAGGACGGCGAGGAGAACGAGAACGGUGUUCGCGAGCGCCUACUCAUCACCAACGAGGACUACGCGAAACUGGCAAGAAAGACGCUCAUCCCGUACGUCAACCUCGUCAUCAACUACGUGGUGCCGCGGACGGAGGAGUACUACCUCCUGCAGUCGCUCGUGGCGGGGCGCAACGGCACUGUAGGGGCUUCCAUUCUCUGCGUUGGCGCCUACGACCGCUCCACCUUCCACAACCUGCAGCAGAACAUCCCGUUCACGGUGAUUGAGGAGGAGAGCGACUUUGCGGAGACGGCGGUGCAGCUUGUGUACGACACGACGGCGAAUCCCCUCACCGACGAGGACGCCGACCCCCCGAAGGACUGGCGGGAGAAGUUGGAGGAGUUGGAGAAGAAGAAGGGCUCCGCCUGA